GUUUUUAAACAAACUGCUGAUGACAAAAUGACAUAUUUAUUUCUGAACGAAAAUCUGUCUGUGGAUGGCCGAAUUUUGUUUACUUUGAAUGAAUUGAAUGUUGGGAUCGAAGGUGGAUUAAAUACAAAUAGUUAUUUAGAGAUGAAUCAAUUAAACAUGCACGGUAAUGUGUCAGCAAACCCCGCAGUGGGUGCAGCACCGAACGUGGGUAUGCACAUACCGCCGGCUGGCACGGUGAUGCAGCAACCGUCUCCACAGCAGAUGCAGCCGGGACCCGGUCCAGGGGGGCCGGGCCCGGGGCCUGCCAUGCCGCAGCAAGACAAGAUGGACAACAUCUCCAAAGUCAAGACAUUGAUGGGAUCCAUAAGAGAAGCCAUACCGACUACCCUGAAGUCAGCUGCUCAAAUUCUACACCAAAAUCACACUACUGACUCAAAUUCACAAAAGGGUGUCACAGACACUCCGGUGUUGAGAUUCGACAAAAAUCUAGAAGAAUUAUAUUCCCUGUGUGAUCAAAUGGAACUUCAUUUGCGUACAGCAGUGACAUGCAUCCAGCAAGCACAAUCUGCAUCACAUUAUCUUCCACUGACCGUGAUUCCCUCUAGACUUGACUCUGGAAGCAGUCAGGAGACGACACUGAGCUACCCCGCUUACCUAAACACGGUGCGGUUGCAAAUCUCAUAUGCGAAGGACAUCCACGACCUGCUGGUGGCCGCUGCACAGAACAUCGCGCCGACUGAAUGACGCGACGCUAUGCCGGCCAGCGAGGACGAAUGACCCGAUACCGAAGAACUCGAACAGUAAGCGUUUGAAAGUUACAUUUAAAGUGAGAAUUUAUUGUGAAGUGAACUUAUCUGUAAAGUGGAAGUAAGAAUGUGUAAACAACUGAUUCGAGUCUUCUAAAUAUAAAAUAUUAUGUUUCAAAGGAGAGUAGUAACAUGUUAGUGUUUGCCAACAUGACCAUAAUUCAGGAUUAGUCCUUUUUAAAAUGGUCCUUAAGUUGGUUUCAUAAUUUUACAGAUGGUACUCCUAAAUGUAAUCCUUAAAAUGUUAUAAUAGUCGACUGUGGCAGUGACAGAUGUUGCUUGUUACAUGACAACCAAUAAGCAACAACGCUGAUCAACAAUAAUGAUCUCUU